GGGUAAUGGUAGUUAAUGAGAACAUAUUGUCACAGGGUGGUGAUAAACUAUGACUUCCCAACUGGAAUAGAAGAUUAUGUCCACAGAAUUGGUAGAACAGGCCGGGCAGGAGCAUCUGGUCUGGCCUACACAUUUUUCUCCGACCAGGAUUCUAAGCAUGCUUUAGAUCUUGUUAAAGUUUUAGAAGGUGCAAAUCAAUGUGUGCCAACUGAGCUACGUGAUAUGGCUUCUCGCGGUGGUGGUAUGGGAAGGGCUAGGAAUCACUGGGGUUCUGGCCCAGGUGGACGUGGAGGACGUGGUGGACCCUAUAAUUCCAGCUAUGUUGGACGGAAUGGAGGACAUGGUUAUGACCGGGGAUCACGUGACAGUGACAGAUAUGGUCAUGGUACCCACAAUGCGGAUGCUCCACGGAAGCGCAGUCGUAGCAGAAGCCCCAAUAUAGGUUCAGGAUGGAGUGGUAAAAAGAGCCGGUUUACUGAUUGAUUUGAUCAGGUUUCUCUUUGUAAUAGUGAGCCAUUUGCUAAUGGAUCUCAUUUGGUUAGAAGAAGAGUAAGAAGGCAUGGUCCGUUAGUAAGAAUAUACUGGGCUUCAGAGUGAACUAGAGGUGUAUUGUUUUUUAUUAUAUCUAUGAUAUUUGUCCAGUUGGCUUCGGGAUUAACUGAAAGAAAGAGGACCCUGUCUUCUGGUUAAACCAUCAAUAGUAGUACUUCAUUCUGGCAAUUUUUCUGAGCAUGUUAGACUCUGUUCUUGAAAGAGACAUGGUGCCUCAAAUGUAGAAAAAUGAAAAUGUUACACGAGCGCACACAACAGUGGAAAAGUUUCAAUGUAUGUAAACGCAAACAGUGUUAACGUUGGUUUAUAAUUCUUAUCGUGCAUUACUCAA